UGGGUUAAUGAAAACAAAAAUUUUCUACCAACUGUCACUUGUCCUAACACCAAAAAUUUACAUAUUUUAUUUAUGUUUUUCGUCUUUAAAGGGUGACAGUAAUAUCUUAAACUGUCAGCUGAAAAACAUUCAACAAGAGAACCGCGGCAUCAAGAAAAGAACAAUGAUAGAAAAGCCAAGAGAAAGGCAAAAGCUUUCACAAAAUAUAAAUGAGGGAUAAAAUUUUCUAAAAGUUUAAUAUAUUUUUAAAUUUUAUUUUUAAUUCUAAACACGCCCACUUUACGGGUAUAAAUAGACUUUCGAAUUUUUCACUUUUGAAAAAUGUGUGAUUCAAAUUCUGACACUAAAGAAUUACAACCAUCUUUAAUACCUACAGGUUUAGUGUUUAACCAAAAUCUGUGGAAGCUUGUCAAGCCAAAGUAUGUGCUUCAAUUUUAUUUCUGCAAAGAAUGUAGAGAUAAUUUAUUCCGAGCUAAUGAUAAAUUGAUGAGAUUUGAAAAUGGGGUCACUAUUAAAUUUAAUCUUUGUGAAGAAUGUGUCACAAAGAACUGUCGUGCGACUGAUAUUUUUAAAUAAAUUUAUUGA